AUGUCACCUCAUAUGACUCUGAAUGAGCAUUCACUCAAAUCAGAGAUUGACUGGGCCGUGAACAUUCGGAAAUCAUGGUACUUCAGUGAGGAAGGAGCUCUGGCCAGUCUUGAGGCCUUCCUGCAAAAUGCCUAUUAUGGGACGCCCGUGGAGCUCGCUGCAGACCUGGCAUACUGGCAGCUGUGCCUUUUCCCAGACCUGCCCUGGGAGUCCCUCAGGCCACCGUACAAGGCAUGGCAGCGUGGAAGGACAGGAUACCCGCUGGAAGAUGCAGCAAUGAGACAGCUGUGGCAAACUGACUGGAUGAACAAUUACAUGAGACACGUGGUGGCCUCCUUCCUCAUCGCUUAUCUGCAUAUUCCCUGGCAGGACGGAUACCGCUGGUUUCAAGACACGGUGGUAGAUGCUGAUGUUGCCAUAGAUGCCAUGAUGUGGCAGAAUGGAGGAAUGUGUGGACUGGAUCACUGGAACUUCUUAAUGCACCCUGUUGAUGCAGCGCUGACCUGUGACCCCUAUGGCAUCUUUGUGCGACAGUGGUGUCCUGAACUGAAAGCACUUCCUGAUAACCUCAUCCAUAAGCCCUGGAAGUGCCCAGCAUCAAUGCUGCGUAGAGCAGGUGUGGUUUUAGGCAGCAACUACCCAGAACGGAUCAUUAUUGACCUUGAUGAGCGACGUGCACAGUCUCUACAGGAUGUUGCGUCAGUGAGAAGGCAUUUUUGGGAGUUUGUAGACCAGCGAUCAGGCUGUGACAUGGUACCUGUUCCUGCAAGGCUGGUGCAGGAAGCUCUGGGCAGUAUGGAGGAUGUUGUGAGUCGUGAAGGAACUGGGUUUCUCCUCCCAGUAAUCACCCGCAUGGAGUUUAAACACCACUCAGAGGAUCCAGACAGGCAAGAUAACCCGUAUAGACUGGUGUCUUCUGGAGGGUUUGCCUCAACCCAGUCUUGCGCGGCCGGGCCAGACGUACCCCAACCAGAGACAGGUGUCACUGUUCCCCACAGAUAA